AUUUCUUUACCUCCUCCACCGAGACCGACUCCUCCACCACCCCGAUCGAAAUCUUCAACAUCUCGUUCUCCUUCUCCUACUUCGACUUUUUCAUCAUCAACUCAUCCAUUGUCACCUCACCUUAUUGUGAAUGGGGAUGUAGAUGAAUUUAUUGGUUCUCCAAAGAAAUUAGUACAUCCACCACGUAGUUCUUCACCAGUUUCAACUUUGUCACCACCAAGGACGAGAUAUGGGCAAGUUAUAUCAAAUGAGCACUUAAUAUCCACUGAUCCCAAUGAUUCUCAGCAUUCAUCACAUUUAAGAACAGACUCAGGACCUAUUAAUACAAAGUUGUCAAUAAAUACGAAUACACAAUUUCGUCAGCAACGUCUUAUUCCGCCUACUAGAAGAACGGAUGAAAGAAAUAGUAUUCGACAAAGUAUUCCGAUAAUGAUGCCAACAAGUCUUUUUAAGACUUCAACAUCUUCUUCAACACUUAAUAAGCAUAACAUUCUUGUGGGGACAUCAUUACCGCCACCACCUCGUUCUCUAUAUAGAGUACCAAUACAUCUACCACCGAGUAUCCCUUUACCUUUACCCCCUCCUAGACCAAAGUCUACAAUGACCCAAAAUUCGGUCCCUAGAUUACCUCAAAUAACGCCACGAAUUUCCAAAGAUACAUCAAUGAAAUCUCCAACACGUUCUUCGAGCCAUUCAUCCAAUUCCAUGUAUCAUGUAAAUCAACUUCCACCACCUUCUCGCCCACCACCGACAAUACCAUUACCCCCAAUACCAGUAGAAUCGACGAAAAAUGUUAUAUCUAAUGAAAUAAUAAUUGAAUUUCCUGAUGAAGAUGAUCUAGAUCCAGAUUAUGCAGAAGAGUUAGAAGCAUCUC